ACAUUCAAAAUUUCUAGUUUGUAAAAAAAAACAUUUUCUCUUCAAGCGGCAACUUGAUCUGCAUGUUGGAUGUGAAGGAGCCGUCGAUUACAAGGCGAUAAACGAAACCGAGACGUACGAGAAGCAAACACUAUGGGCCCUCCGCAAUUAGGGCGCACAUUUUUGGGCUUCGACUUGAGCACUCAGAAGCUGAAAGCUAUUCUGCUCAACUCCAGCCUGAAAGUUGUUGCCUCGGCCGAGGUGAAGUUUGACAGCGACUUACCGGAGUUUCGAACCUCUGGUGGAGCCAGUCCCGGACCCAACAAACAUGAAUUCUUUGUGCAGCCAGUGAUGUGGGUGAAGGCCAUGGACAUUGUGCUGGACCGUUUAGUGAUGCAGGAGGCGGAUUUGAGCACCGUUGCUGCCAUCAGUGGGUCGGGACAGCAGCAUGGCUCCUUGUACUGGUCAAAGCACGGCAUUUCAGCAUUGCAGAACCUUGAUCCUGAAAAGUUUCUCCACGCACAAAUUGAUGACUCGGCAUUUGUGGUCAACCGCACUCCCAUUUGGAUGGAUGCGUCCACCACCAAGCAGUGCCUGGAGAUGGAGACGGCCAUUGGAGGUCACACCCAGAUGGUUCAGCUGACGGGCUCCAAGUGCUACGAACGAUUUACAGGGCCCCAGAUACGCAAGAUCUACCAGCAGCGCACGCAUGCCUACGAGGAUGCCCAACGAAUCUCAUUGGUCAGCAGCUUUUUGGCCUCACUCUUUUUGGGCAAUGUGGCCCCGAUCGAUUUCAGCGAUGGCUCCGGCAUGAACCUACUGGACAUCCGUGAAAAAUCCUGGUCUAAGGCCUGCCUGAAUGCCUGUGCCCCUGACCUGGACGAGCGUCUUGGCCAGGCGGUUAGUGCCAAUACGGUCCUUGGCGACGUUUCAGAAUAUUUUGCAAAGCGCUUCUGCUUUCCGGAGUCAUGCAAAGUCGUCGCUUGCACCGGCGAUAAUCCGUCGGCAUUGGCAGGCAUGCUAGUGGACAAUGACUGGCUGAGUGUAUCCCUUGGCACUAGCGACACCUUAAUGAUGAGUUUUGAAAAGCCGCCAAUCUGGGAGGAGGGCCAUGUGUUGUGUCAUCCAACGCAGACGGACGAGUUCAUGGGACUGUUAUGUUUUAGAAAUGGCUCUUUGGUCCGCGAGGCCAUGAACAAUGUGGAAGCUGAGGGGAAUUGGGGGAAGUUCAACGAGCUGCUUGAAUCGACACCGCGUGGAAACUUUGGCAAUAUGGCCGUGCAUUUCAACGACAUGGAAAUUAUUCCCAAGGCGAAGGGCACAUUGCGAUGGAACAAGGAUUGUUUGCCCAAUUCCCCGGACGCUUCCAAGGGUGUUAUUAAAUUUAGAUCACCUCAAAUCGAAAUUCGUGCCUUAAUCGAGGGUCAAAUGCUGCACCAUCGAGCUGUUGCCGAAGACAUGGGCUUCCAGUUUGGAACAAACACAAAAGUCCUUGCCACUGGCGGAGCGUCCAUAAACAAGUCCAUUCUGCAAGUUAUCGCUGACGUGUUCAACGCACCCGUCCAUAUUCAGACUGAGAGCGAGGCUGCCCUAAUGGGGGCCGCUUACAGAGCAUCGUAUGCUCUGUAUCGUCAUGAGAGUGAUGAAACGGUGCCCCUCAGCUAUCGCGACUAUAUUCUCAGCCUGACGUCCAACAAUCUGCAGCUUGUCUGCGAGCCACACAAGGACAGCGAAGCAAUUUACGCACCAAUGCUGGAUCGAUACCGCGACAUGGCGGGAAUUCUGCAAAGCGGAACCCUGUGAUCGAAAGGAACUAUGAACGAAACCCAAGGCCACAUUUUGUACUCCAACGCAUUCCCGACUUACUCUUUACUUUUAUAUUCCACCUGACACUAAUAAGUAGGACUAAAGUGCAAUUAACAAAAUUCUGUGAUCGAGAAUUUAUUAAAAACGUAUGCGAAACCAC